AUGUCAUCGUUAUCACCAUCUUUGACACCACCAAUAACAACAGUUACAUCAGCACCUCAAACAGCAGCUUCAUCAAAUCCUGGCAUAGUAUUGAUACUGAUUGUUGAACAUCGAGGAUACUUCUUGAAUUUAUUGAAAAUAUGGUGUUCGAAUCAAAAGGAUGACUUUCUAUCAGACUCAUUUAAUUGCAACGAAAGAAAAUAUUUCAUUUUAAAUGUUUUAUAUGGUCAAAAUAAUGAUCCUAAAGGUAGUGUUAAUUGUAACUGUAAUAAAUCAAUAGCAUUAACAAUGAAAGAUGGUAAAAUUCAGCUCCCUAAUUAUCAAAAACAUUUACGCUCCACAAAUUGUAGUCAUAUAAGAGCGAUAAAGAAAAUGAAUGGAGAACAACAACAAAUCAACCUUCAACAAUCAAUACAUGCUUUAUCCUCAUCGAUAUCUGCGACAUUAAAAACAUCAGCACCAGUAAAACAACAACCUGCUUCACAAAUUCCUGUUUCUGUUGGAACUGGUGUACGACCUGCUACGAAUAUUCCUUCUACAGAUACACAAGCAAAUUCUCGUAAAUGUAGUCAUGCAUCAUCUCAAUUAUCAUCAUCACAAAAAAAUAAAAAGGAAUCGUACUUAAACAUAUGUAUUUUUAUUUCUUUUCAGAAUUGA